GCUCCAGCCUCUGGUGCUCACGCUCCUCCUCCGGUUCCCCACCCCCAGCCCGCCGCGGCCUGGUAUCAACGUGUGGUCCCGCCAGGGGAGCCGUGUGUGCCUCGUGCUCCCCGGACGGCGGUGGUGUUCUCGGCUUUAGCCAUGGAGAUGGAGCAAGUGAACGCGCUGUGCGAGGAGCUAGUGAAAGCCGUGACGGUCAUGAUGGACCCCAGCUCCACCCAGCGCUACCGGCUGGAAGCCCUCAAGUUUUGUGAAGAGUUUAAAGAAAAGUGCCCUAUCUGUGUCCCAUGUGGCUUGAGGCUGGCAGAAGUAACACAGAUUGCCAUCGUCAGACAUUUUGGCCUUCAGAUCCUGGAGCAUGUUGUCAAGUUUCGAUGGAACACCAUGUCUCGAUUGGAGAAGGUUUACCUGAAGAACAGUGUCAUGGAGCUGAUUGCAAAUGGAACAUUGAGUAUUUUGGAAGAGGAAAAUCACAUUAAAGAUGUUCUGUCUAGAAUUGUGGUAGAGAUGAUCAAACGAGAAUGGCCACAGCACUGGCCUGACAUGUUAAUGGAGCUGGACACUCUCUCCAGACAAGGGGAAACACAGAGGGAAUUAGUGAUGUUCAUCCUUUUGCGAUUGGCAGAGGAUGUAGUGACCUUUCAGACACUCCCCACUCAAAGAAGAAGGGAUAUUCAGCAAACAUUAACACAGAACAUGGAAAGAAUCUUCAGUUUUCUGCUCAGCAAACUUCAGGAAAAUGUAAACAAGUACCAGCAAAUGAAAACUGAUGCUUCUCAGGAGGCAGAGGCUAAAGCAAACUGCCGAGUAAGCAUCGCAGCACUGAAUACUUUAGCAGGCUACAUUGACUGGGUGUCUUUGAAUUACAUUGUUGCUGAAAACUGUAAACUGCUGGAGACACUGUGCCUGCUUCUCAAUGAACAGGAACUGCAGUUGGGAGCUGCUGAGUGUCUUCUCAUUGCAGUCAGCAGAAAAGGCAAGCUGGAUGACCGGAAACCCUUGAUGAUCUUAUUUGGAGAUGUUGCUAUGCAUUAUAUUCUCUCUGCUGCACAGACUGCUGAUGGAGGAGGCUUGGUAGAAAAGCACUACCUCUUCCUGAAGAGACUUUGUCAGGUGUUAUGCGCACUGGGCAAUCUGCUAUGUGCACUGCUGGGUUUAGAUGCUAGUAUACAAACACCAGCAAACUUUGGAAAGUACCUGGAAUCUUUUCUUGCUUUCACAACCCAUCCAAGUCAGUUUCUACGCUCUUCAACACAUAUGACCUGGGGAGCCCUCUUCAGGCAUGAGAUUUUAUCCCGUGAUCCAGCACUGUUAGCAAUAAUACCAAAAUAUCUUCGUGCAUCUAUGACCAACUCAGUUAAGAUGGGCUUUCCUUCUAAGACAGACAGCCCCAGCUGUGAAUAUUCUCGAUUUGAUUUUGAUAGUGAUGAGGACUUCAAUGCUUUCUUCAAUUCCUCCCGAGCCCAGCAAGGAGAGGUGUUGAGAUGUGUGUGUCGCUUGGAUCCUAAGGCUAGCUUCCAGAUGGCUGCAGAGUGGCUCAAGUACCAGCUGUUGGCUCCUAUUGACACAGGACCUGUGAACUGUGGAACUGGAGAGGGCGGCUACUGCACCAUCUUCUCGUCAUCAUAUGUGCAGUGGGAGGCCAUGACUUUCUUUUUGGAAAGUGUGAUCAACCAGAUGUUUCGAACAAUAGACAAAGAAGAAGUCCCGAUUCAUGAUGGGAUAGAGCUGCUGCAGAUGGUUUUGAACUUUGAGAUGAAGGAUCCCCUCAUCCUGUCCUGUGUCCUCACCAAUGUCUCAGCUCUCUUCCCAUUUGUCACAUACAAACCUGAGUUCCUGCCCCAUGUCUUCUCUAAGCUAUUUUCAUCUGUUACUUUUGAAACUGUUGGAGAAAGUAAGGCUCCCAGGAGUCGUGCAGUGAGGAACGUGCGGAGACAUGCUUGUUCCUCCAUCAACAAGAUGUGCCGGGACUACCCUGAUCUUGUUCUGCCCAAUUUUGACAUGCUUUAUAGCCAUGUGAAACAACUCCUCUCGAAUGAGCUACUCCUAACCCAGAUGGAGAAGAGUGCCCUCAUGGAAGCCCUGGUUCUCAUUAGCAACCAGUUUAAGAAUUACGAGCGACAGAAGCUAUUCUUAGAAGAGCUGAUGGCACCAAUGGUCAACAUCUGGCUUUCUGAAGAAAUGUGCAGAGUGCUCAAAGACAUUGAUGCCUUCAUUGCCUAUGUUGGAGCCGAUCUGAAAGGCUGUGACCCAGCUGUGGAGGAUCCAUGUUGCGCAAACCGUGCUCGAAUAACCUUUUGUGUGCACAGCAUUCUGGGGGUUUUGAGACGAACUAGCUGGCCUUCCGACAUAGAAGAGGCCAGAGCAGGGGGGUUUUUGGUGGGUUACACACCCAGUGGAAAUCCAAUCUUCCGUAACCCCUGCACAGAGCAGGUCCUGAGACUUCUGGACAAUUUGCUGGCCCUUGUAAGAACCCACAAUACUUUAUAUGCACCAGAAAUGCUAGCCAAAAUGGCAGAGCCUUUCACCAAUGUUCUGGAUAUACUUGAAUCGGAGAAAACAGCAAUAUUAGGAUUACCUCAGCCUCUCUUGGAAGUCAAUGAACACCCUAUGUUCAAAACUACUUUGGAAAGAAUGCAGCGUUUCUUUGGCAUCCUCUAUGAAAACUGUUACCAUAUCCUAGGGAAGGCAGGCCCUUCCAUGCAGCAAGAUUUCUACACUGUAGAGGACCUUGCUACCCAGCUCCUUGGUUCAGCCUUCGUCAACUUGAACAAUAUUCCUGACUUCCGGCUCAAAUCUAUGCUUCGUGUCUUUGUGAAGCCCCUUGUGCUCUUCUGUCCCCCAGAACACUAUGAAUCCCUCAUAGCUCCCAUCCUUGGACCUCUCUUCACAUACCUCCACAUGAGGCUUUCCCAGAAGUGGCAUGUCAUCAACCAGAGGAGUGUGCUGUGUGGAGAGGACGAGAUUGCGGAGGACAACCCUGAGUCUCAAGAAAUGCUAGAGGAACAACUGGUGAGGAUGUUAACCCGAGAAGUCAUGGACCUAAUCAUGGCUUGCUGUGUAUCAAAGAAGACUGGUGACCACAGUGCUGUCCCCACUGUGGAUGGUGAUGAUGAAGAGAUGAUGGCCACCGAAGUAACCCCUUCAUCUGUGGCAGAGCUCACAGACCUGGGCAAGUGCCUGAUGAAGCAUGAGGAUAUUUGCACAGCAUUGUUAAUUACAGCGUUUAGUUCCCUGACCUGGAAGGAUACUCUGUCUUGCCAGAGAGCAACCACACAACUCUGCUGGCCUCUCCUCAAACAAGUGAUGUCUGGGACCCUGCUCGCAGAUGCUGUCACAUGGCUUUUCACCAGUGUGCUGAAAGGUUUACAGAUGCAUGGGCAGCACGAUGGGUGCAUGGCUUCCCUGGUCCACUUGGCCUUCCAGAUAUACGAGACACUGCGCCCCAGGUACCUAGAGAUAAGAGCAGUAAUGGAGCAGAUCCCUGAGAUACACAAGGAGUCACUGGACCAAUUUGACUGCAAGCUUUUAAACCCUUCCCUUCAAAAGGCAGCUGACAAACGCCGGAAGGACCACUUCAAACGUCUCAUCUCUGGCUGCAUUGGGAAACCCUUGGGAGAACAGUUCCGAAAAGAAGUUCACAUUAAGAACCUUCCCACACUUUUCAAAAAACCAAAACCAAUGCUGGAGACAGAAGUGUUGGACAGUGAUGCCGGUGGACUGGCCACCAUCUUUGAACCCUGAAUCAAGCUUUUGGGCAUCCUUCUUUG